AUGUCUAAGGUUACGGCGAUCUCCGGGUUCACGUGGACAUCCAAGCUUAAGAAGACCACCUACGUAGCGAGCGCACAAAAGGGUUUUAAUCUCGCGUGUUUAUUUUCCUGGACUUCGCGCUACUCUCUAUAUCAAAAUCUCUCAGAUCGCCACUUCUUGCAAACCCAACAGACACUGAUUCGAUCUCGUUGCCAGCUUCCCGCGCCGCAAGGACUCAAUCUUGCUCCCGUCCCUGGUCUCGCGCCCGUCCAGGGUCGCCGUCCUGCUGCCGUGCUUCAGCCACCACGACAGCCUCAAGUCUCAAGGGCACCACCUGUCAAUGCUACCAACCCUCCGACCGCAGUCACCACCCGCUGCCUCUCCUACAACACCGGGUUGGGCGCCGAGUUACCGGGCGUUGCCCAACGACAAGUAGUCACCCGAGCAGGGUUGGCUACCGACCCUACCAAUUCCGUCCGGGCGAGCCACCGCAGCUCGGCCAAGGGGCAAGCUGUCGGGACCUUGGCUCCUGUCGCUUGUGACCUGUGCGCCGCUGGCUAUGGGCCAUAUGUUGACUGUGUGGUUGCCCUUGGCACCAGAGCCAACGGAAAGAAAUUCUUCGGUGGAGGAUGUGCGUCCUGCACGAUGGGUAGCCACCCGGAGCGGUGCAGCUUCUACACUGGAUAGGGGGAGGUAGUGGGGGAUUCUUCGGUCUUCUGGGAGCAGUCAGCAAAAGCCUACUACGGUGGCAUCAUCAUCUUGUCGGAGUUCUUAUGGAAGAAGCAGUUCAUGCAAAAGUCCUUCGCGGAAGGCACCACAUCUCAGUAUGUUUCCUUCAAAAGUCCACUUCGGUGGCAGCGUAUUUUACGAUUCCGAAGUACGAGACACGUCAGAAAGUCCUCGCUGAGAGGCAUUGAAUACAGAGUCUAG